GAGAUUUCCCAGAGAGGUACAAACGGAGCUGAAUUUUGCAGUAGCAGCAAGUGUUGUGCAUGUGUGUGUGGAAUCUUGACUAGUGGCCCCUUCUGUUUCCUCCAUUCUUUUUUUUCCGCCAUUAAAAGAUUUGACAAUACAUCUCAACUCCCCCUUUUUAGCCCUUUCUAGGGUUCCUCUUUUUUCAUUAUCUCUGACCCUAUUUUCUCUCUUUUUCUCUCCUCUUCAUCAGACUCUGCUUCACUAUUGUCACCUUACUGGUUACUACUUUUGGGAUUGCUAUGAUGGCUGACGGAGAGCUGGAAUUUUCUAACCAAGAAAUGUUAUCAAGUUCGAAUUUUGGUGAAUUUAGUAGUUCCAUGGACAGCUUUUUCAAUGAUAUUCUCAAGGAUACGCAUGCCUGCACUCACGCCCACACUUGCAACCCGCCUGGCCCUGAUAAUUCUCAUACACACACUUGUUACCAUGUUCACACCAAAUUCGUGCCUCCCUCGGAGGAGGACGAGGAUAAGAACCCCAGUGAUGAUACUGCAGAGUCUUCAGAGAAGAAAGGAAAGAAACGACCCGUGGGUAAUAAGGAAGCCGUUCGCAAGUAUCGUGAGAAAAAGAAAGCUCGGGCUGCUUCAUUAGAGGAUGAGGUUAUCAGAUUGAGGGCUAUAAAUCAGCAACUAUUCAAGAGGCUGCAGGGUCAGGCUGUAUUGGAAGCUGAGGUUGCUAGGCUCAAGUGCUUGCUUGUCGACAUCCGAGGAAGGAUUGAAGGGGAAAUUGGAUCAUUUCCAUACCAGAAGCCGAUGAAGAGCGGCAAUGUAUAUCAGAACGUAGUUAAUCCUAACAUUCCUGGAUCAUAUGUGGUGAACUCUUGCAACCUACAAUGUGAUGAUCAGGUUUAUUGCCUCCAUCCAGGUGCAGAAGUUAAAAGCUCAGACGGCACUGUAUUAAAUGGACAAGGCUUCAAUAACUGUGAAUUUGAGACUCUCCAAUGCUUGGGUAAUCAAACCUCUGGAAUGGAGGAGGUUCCUUGUCCUAUGGAUAAUGGCACACCUACUCCUACUGCCAACACUUCUGGUCGAAGCAAGAGAAAAGGAAGCACACGUACAACAACAGCAAGUUGAUGAACUGUGUCGGAGAAGCAUCUUUUGCUCUUGGGAAUAAGUACGUUUUGUUAUGUGCUCUCUCUUGGGAUUUCUUCCCAGCUUAUCUACUUUGUUGAGUUCAAUUAUAAUCUCCUUCCGGCUGUUGAGUUGGUGGCCUAGUAGUUAUUUUAUCAACAGUCAUGUAAAGCAGAACAAAUUGAACGAAUAUAGCUAGCAGAACUCAUGAAGAGGAUACCAAGAGUUUUGGUUUUCUGCGAAGAUCUGGAAGCUUUUUAUUCCUCAGUGUUGUAUUUGUUCAUUCUUUUUGAUGAAUAUCACCUCUUGCUUAUGGAUCUUUGAAUUGAUAAGUUGUCGUUCCUAUAUUAUGUGAAUUUGAAACCACUAAAUUUGGAAUAGUUGGUGGCUUUGUUUAUUGCUCGUGAAUCUGCUUUUAAGAGUGACUCAAAGUUCAAACACUCUUGACAAAUUAUUGAAGUGCAUUUGCUUGGUUCCUCA